AUGACGCCUCUAGGAUGGCAAGAGGGUUGCGAAAAACGAUUUGAUUGUAAAGGGCAAUUAAUCAUGAGUAUUAAUCUAAUUAAUUUAUGGAUUCAUUUGAUUAAAAGCAUAAGUAAAACAGUAUGGAUCCAAAACAAAAUUGGUCAGAGGUACAGUACAUGGGCUCAAGUUUCGGCCUAUACUGAAUUUAAAUGUAAUAGCUACGAAAGAUGUUUUAUCACUAGUGGAGACUCAUCUGCUCAUUAUGACUUCCAUUUUACUAUACCUGAUGAUCAAAAAAGCUUUUACCUUAAUUUUGAACUUCAAUUCUCAUUUGAAGAAAACAAAUGGCGUGGACCAUUCGAUAUUCGAUAA